GGGUAUAUAUAGACAGAGAAGGGAACUGAACAGUCCUGGCAGUCAAAAUGAGGCUUUUCCUCCCCUUCUGCUGCCUGCUGUCUCUACUGGUCCUCACCACUGCAGCAGAUGCAGUGGGGUCUGAGACUGAGCCACUAUUGCCGCUUCAGCUGAAGUCUGAAGGCGAGCUGUUCAACUGCUGUGAUGGCACAGAGGAUAUCAGUCAAAGCUCCUCCAAUGACACUCCUGCACCAAACAGACCUGUCUGCCAACCCUGUGGCACGGGUGCUCAUAUUGACACUGAGGCAGAAGAUGUCAGCUCUAACGAGGAUGAAGAGGAUGAGGCAGUUUCAGAAGAGAGAUCUGAUGAGUUGAGUCAAGAUGAGGCCUCUUCUGAAGAGAUAUCUGAGGAGGAAGCACAUGAAGAGGAGGCAGAAUUUGAGUUAGAGCCAUCCAAUGAAGUGGUCGAGGGGGAAGUUCUUGAGGAGGCACAUGACGUGAGGGAGGAGGAGGAGGAGGAGGUAGACAGCGAUUUAGAGGCACAAAUGGUUGUUGAGGAAUCUGUUGAAGAGGAAGAGGCAGGUGAAGAAGAGGAACUUUCUCAGACUGAAGAAGAGGUAGUUGAGGUAGAGGAGGGUCUUCAGAUUGAAGACGAGGCAGGUGACGAAGAGGAACAGACUGAAGAAGAGAUAGUUGAGGUAGAGGGUCUUCAGAUUGAAGAGGAGGCAGGUGACGAAGAGGAACUUUCUCAGACUGAAGAAGAGGUAGUUGAGUUAGAGGAGGGGCUUCAGACUGAAGAGGAGGCAGGUGAGGAAGAGGAACAGACUGAAGAAGAGAUAGUUGAGGUAGAUGAGGGUCUUCAGACUGAAGAGGAGGCAGGCGAGGAAGAGGCAAAGACUGAAGAAGAGAUAGUUGAGGUAGAGGAGGGUCUUCAGAUUGAAGAGGAGGCAGUUGAGGAAGAGGAACUUUCUCAGACUGAAGAGCUAUUGGAGCAAGUGGAAAAAAUAUCAGAAGAUGUAGCAGAGGAAGAGGACAUAGAAGAGAAAACUGUAACAGAGGAAGAAGUAGUUCCUGAGGUUGAACAAGAGAUUGAGGAACUUGCAGCAGAUGUUGUUGAGGAGGUUCUUGAAUUGGCCAAAGAGGCAACGGAGAAGCUUGUAGAAGAAGAAGUUCCUGCAACGGCUGAAGAAGUAACGGUGGAAGAAUUGUCAGAUGACAUACCAGCAUCUAAAGCAUCUGCCGAAGUGAAGGAAACAACCCCCUCAGGUUCUGCCGCAAGAGAUCGAUCUCAUAUUGAAGAGACGCUGCGUCUUGCAACAGCUGAACCUUCACGGGAAUAUGUCGACGCUCUGAAGAAGCUGCAGCAUGUCUACAACACUGCCAUUAAACCCUUGGAGAAUGCCUACAAAUACAAUGAACUCAGGCAGCAUGAAGUAUCAGAUGCCGAGAUCACCUCUAAGCCCAUGGUCCUGUUCCUUGGUCCCUGGAGCGUUGGCAAGUCUUCCAUGAUCAAUUAUCUUCUGGGUCUCCAUGACUCUUCACAACAGCUUUACACUGGGGCUGAGCCCACAACCUCAGAAUACACUGUCCUAAUGCACGGGGAGAAGGUUCGCAACAUUGAGGGCAUUGUAAUGGCUGCGGACAGUUCCCGCUCUUUCUCGCCACUGGAGAAGUUUGGUCAGGGGUUUCUGGAAAAGCUGGUGGGAAUCGAGAUGCCGCACAAACUCCUGGAGCGCGUCACAUUUGUGGACACACCUGGAAUCAUUGAGAACCGCAAACAACAAGAGAGAGGGUACCCCUAUAGCGAAGUGUGCCAGUGGUUUAUCGACCGCGCCGACCUCAUCUUCCUGGUGUUUGACCCAACCAAACUGGAUGUAGGAUUAGAACUGGAAAUGCUGUUCAGACAGAUGAAGGGACGCGAGUCGCAGAUCCGCAUCAUCCUCAACAAGGCCGACAGUCUGACAACCCAGGACUUGAUGCGUGUAUACGGCGCCCUCUUCUGGAGCAUGGCCCCCCUGAUUAAUGUGACUGAACCCCCGCGCGUCUACGUGAGCUCCUUCUGGCCACAGGACUACAAUCCUGACACCAAUAGAGACCUUUUUAAACGCGAGGAGAUCUCCUUGCUGGAGGACCUAAAUCAGGUCAUCGAGAACCGCCUGGAAAACAAAAUCGCCUUCAUCCGCCAGCACGGCAUCCGCGUGCGCAUCCACGCCCUCCUGGUCGACCGCUACUUGCAGACGUAUCAUGAGAAGUUGGGCUGGUUUAGUGACCCACAUGAGGUUUUCCAUGAUAUCGUCAGUGACCCUGACAAAUUUUACAUCUUCAAGUCCAUUCUGGCCAAGACCAAUGUGAGCAAGUUCGACUUGCCAGAACCGGAAGCGUACCGGGACUUCUUUGGAGUGAAUCCUCCCGGUGGCUUUAAGGUCCUCUCCUCAUACUGUAGCUGGACAGGAGGAUGCCUGCUGGACAAGAUCGAUAAGGCCAUCACAGAUGACCUGCCGGCUUUGCUCAGCAGUUUGGCAGAGAAAAGGGAAGCCAAGGAAGAGGCAGCUGCAGAAGCCAAGGAGAAACCCCAAAACCGUUGGCGAAGACAGUAAAAGAAGAACGGAGUGAGGGUUUAUUUUCUACCUGAGGCACAAUCAGUCAAGUCUGAGGGCACCAAAGCGUUGAAUGAAUGUUGAAUGAGGUUAUAAAUAAAGCAAGGAAGGGAGAGCGUAAAAGUGAGUGACAUAACAUUUGUGAGAUUCACGUCAAUGGGAAGCCAAGUUAAACAGAUACUUUUACCAGUCUGUAUAAAACAGAUCUGAACGAAGGGAAUCAGUGUCUUCUCUCGGUUAUUCUGUUUCUUCCUUGCUCUGAUUUCAAUCGGUUUGCAAAACUUUACUUAUUUAUACUAUGUUCAGAAUAUAACAUGUCAUAAUGUUAUUUAUUUCUUGUUUGAAUGUCAUGUGAAUAUGCUAUAUGUGGUAGAAAGUUUAUCUUGACUUCAUUAGUACUUCUGUUCCACUUGUACAUACUGAUCGUUUUCCUUAGUGCAAUUUAGUGAGUUGUUGGUAAAUGAGAUGAGAAUUUCACGUUGAGUUCACUCAUAUUACCUACUGCAUGUUAAUACUGUGGUGACAUUAACAUUUGUUUGUGGCUAUUGAUUUACACAAUAUAGAAAAUAAACUGGAUAUUUACGUGAAUAAAAUACCUAAAUAAAUGGAUGAAUUGUGAGACAAAUGAUAACGAUUUUUCACUUUAACAUGUAGAACGUACGAGAAUCCAAGAUGUCCACUAGAUGG